CCAUGUAUUCGAUUCGCCAAUCAACCAGCGGCAUUCAGAAGUAAGAGCAUAUAUUCUUCGCUCAUAAUCUUGCCUGAAGCUCUGCGGCCUUAACCUCCUCUUGCACGCAUCCUAGCGCUAAGCACCGCGCCCCAAGCUCCCAAGCAAUCUCUGCCCUAACAAAAGCCUGCAACUCGUCGCCAUGACUGGCAAGUCUGGAUCCGAUAUGGAGGAGCGCAACGCCGCAGCGCAGCAGCUGUUUGGGAAGAACUUUGACGAGUGCGACAGCAUGGAGCGAAUCAAGGUCGGAGGUCACAUCGGCGGUUCUCGUAACAUCGACCACUCGACGGGCGAGAAGCAGCGCACCAUGCAAGAUGACGAGAAGUCGUCCGAGUGAGAGGCUUCCACGCGGGGAGUGUUGUGGGGGUGUACCUCAAUGCGCAUGUCUUUGCAUGCCCCGUUGGCUCUUGGUUAGCUCUCACCUUCUCGCCUCGGAUGCAUGAGGGUUGAGUGUAAAGUGCUAGCAAGCGCUUCUUGCAGUUGGCGUUGUUGCGGCUGCGGCUUCCAUAUGGCAGCCUAGUAUGGAAUGAGGCGUAUUGCGGUUUCGGAGAUUGUUGUGAGGCGUUGCGGUUGGAGGAAACAUUCGAGGGAAUGCGGGGAUGUAACAACAAGGGAUCAUGCAUUCCAUAUGCCUACGCACGUAUAGUGCAGGAAGGGGUACGGCAGCAGCAUUGUACAGUGCUGGGCGAGGUGGCGACAAGUAGCAUACGAGAGAAAGACGUAAAGGUCCCGUUGCAAAAGGGUACAUGGGGAAGCUAUGUUCCUUCGCUGUUCCUUCGCUGGUAUCAAGGCGUCAAGCAAACCAUCCGCACUUGAACAGUAUUAAACUAAAAUGACAUCAGGGAUUGUUGAGAUGUUGACUUAACCAGCUGCCGUACGUGCUGAUGGACGUACACAGAAGAAGCGCUCGCUUGCAUGGGCGCCUGCUGUCUGAUAUCUUAGCUUAGCCUUGCCGCAUACCUUGUAUUUACCUUCGCCAACCAGCGCAUUUGAACAAAGACCACACCCAGAGGCGGGAAAUGUUGUGUGGAAAGCAACUCAGUAAAAGACUCGUAGUUGUAUUGACUUGCAACAUUAUGCAGAUCUGUGCCUGUAUGGUACCGGUAUAAGCUGGAUCGUAUUGGCAUAAAACAAUUUUAUUGACAUAUUGCCGAGGGGCGAGGGCCCUUGCGAGGGGUAGAUAUAUAAAUGGCACCUAAGAAGCAGAAGAAAAAAGCUGCAUUGGCUUCCGUGGAAGCCGGCCCGGACCUGUAUGCGGAACUGGGUUUGGCGCGCGAUGCAAGCGAUUCAGAUAUCAAGCGCGCGUACAGGCGUCUUGCGCUGCAAUGCCACCCUGACAAGUGUCCGGGAGACGAGUCCGCGCAUGAACGAUUCCAGAAGAUCAGCCUAGCAUACAGCGUGCUUUCCGAUGAGCAAAAGCGUCGGUACUAUGACCAGACAGGCACAACAGAGGGCUUGGACAUCAGCCCAGAUGACUUCAUGGAUAUGUUCCAGUCUCUGCUACUGGAAAUUGUUGGCGGAGCGGACAUGAUUCGGGACAUGUUGUCAUGCUUCACACCUCGGGAGCUGGCUCGCCUACCGCCAUUCCCAUUUCCCAAAGAGCUUUUCCCCCCAGGAACCUUUCCCCCUGGGCUACGCUUCAGCAGCAAAGGCCUAAAGGGAAUGCCACCCCAGGUUGAGGAGCUCAUCCAAAGCGGCGACCUGCACGCCAUGUUCGCGGCCAUGUCUGGAUCCGGGUUCGGAUUUGAAUCCGGCUCCUCCUUUCCGUACGGCAGCGCUGGUGGCGGCAGCAGCUCACACCACCGCUACCGCGGCGGCCCUGAUGCAGGCCGGCGGCGGGCUGGGCCUCGGACCGAAGGCUCUGCCAGUGGAGGCGGCAGCGAGAGC